UUGCGUCCAUGGCCAGUGACCCUGGCAUUGCAGCACGGGCACUCGCCUGCAUCGCCGAGGUGCUGGGCUGCAUGGCACGAGGGGAAGGGGGCUUGCGGAGUGGUCCUGCUGCCAACAGGGAGUGGGCCUCAGCUUUUGGGCGCCUGGAGAGUGGGGACAUCGCUGGUGGUGUCCGGGAGCUUGCUGCUGAGCGGCAGAAGUGGAUGAGCAGGCCAGCAUUGCUGGUGAGAGCAGCUCGGCACUAUGAGGGGGCUGAGCAGAUCCUCAUCCGGCAGGCAGUAAUGUCCUCAUGCCAGUUUGUCACUGUGGGAAAGGCAGAGCUGCCACCCCUGGGGCACUGGGUGCAAGUGGUGUGUCCAGCCCGCCUGGACCUCUCUGGUAAGUGUGUCACCUGCCCCAGGCACGAUCAGUGUCUCACCCCUGUGGUGCAGGGGGCUGACAGUGAGCCUCGGCAGGCGGGUGGGGGGCCACCACCCCCCACUGAAGCGGUGGCGGAGCUGGUGUGCCGGGAGCUGGAGCACUUGCAGGAUUACUGCCAGCCACAUGCACCAGGAGCCCUGCUCAAAGCUGCCUUCAUCUGCACCCAAGUUGUGCAGUUCCCCUCGCAGAAACCCUUGCGGGCCCAGCUGAUGGAGAGCUUCGGGGGGGGGUUUGAGGUGCACACCUGGUCCAAGCUGCCACAUGGGUCUGGCCUCGGCACCAGCAGCAUCCUGGCGGGAGCGGUGAUGGCGUCGCUGUACCGGGCAGCCGGGAAGGCUGCCAGCACUGAGUCCCUCAUCCAUGACGUGCUGCAUCUGGAGCAGAGGCUCACCACAGGCGGCGGUUGGCAGGACCAGGUUGGUGGGCUCAUGCCGGGCAUCAAAAUUGGGAGGUCAAAAGCUCAGCUGCCAGUCAGGGUGGAGGUGGAGGAGAUCGAGGUGCCCGAUGGCUUUACCCAGACCCUGAAUGAUCACUUGCUGCUGGUUUACACAGGGAAGACUCGCCUGGCUCGCAACCUGCUCCAGGACGUGGUCAGGAACUGGUAUGCGAGGCUGCCCUCCGCCGUGCAAAAUGCUGAUGCGCUGGUGAGCAACGCUGAGGAGUGUGCCCAGGCCUUGAGGCAAGGUAACCUGCCACUUAUUGGGAAGUGUCUGGACUGCUACUGGCAACAGAAGAAAUGCAUGGCCCCUGGGUGUGAGCCGCUGGCUGUUGGGCACAUGAUGGAUGUUCUCCAGCCCUACGUUUAUGGACAGUGCUUGGCUGGGGCUGGUGGUGGUGGCUUCCUUUACGUCUUAACCAGAGCCCCGCAGCAGAAAGAGGCCUUGCACCAAAUUCUAGCCAAGAUCGAGGGGCUGGACAACUUCAGCAUCCACAGCGUCGAAGUGGACACAGGUGGUUUCUCUGUGGAGGUUGUGGGAUGUGAUACAGAAGAUGGUGCUUGCCCCAAGGAGGAUGUGGCUGGGUGA